GGGUUUAGAAUCAGAAACUGCAGCUGAAGAUAGUCUCUGAGAGAAAGCAGAAAUGUUGAGAUCCGUUUUGAGGAGAUCGCAAAAACUCGCCUUUACUCGAAUCUCGACGAAGAAAACUCCAUCGCUAACAUCCAUUUCCAGAUUCGCACACGUCAAGUCUUCUCCUCGAAACCUCAGGUUCUUCUCCACGAGCCCUAAUGAUGAGAACCAAAUCUCGUCAGCUUCAGAGCAUACCCACGAAGAAUCUAAUGAUUCCGCUUCUGGGUUUUCCGAAAGUGUCGAUUUUGAUGUGAAUGGUACUUCCACAGAAGCCAUGGCUGCUGUUGGUGAAGAUGGAGAGUCUGAGAUUGCUACAGUCGAAGCUUCUGGAGACGGAUCCGUUGUAGCUGAGGAGGAGAGCCAAUUCGAUGAGGAAAAGUUCGAAUCUUUACUAUCUUUGUUACGUAGUGAUGAAGAGUCUUUGGAGUUUGGUCUGAAGGCACUUGAUCUCGAUUUAAACUCAAAUCUUGUGGCCAAAGUGUUUGAAUCUCCAGGCAUUAAAGGUAAGAGCUUGAUUAGGUUUUUGAAGUGGGCAACUAAGAGAGAAGAGAUUAAUGUCACCACUUCGCUUUUAGAGUCUCUCCUUGUAGUAAUCUCUGGUGAUAGACGUAGGUUGGAUGCUUAUGCUUUGUGGGAUUUGGUUAAGGAGAUUAGUGAGAAUGAUAAUAAUAGCCUUGUUUUGAAUCUGGAGAUAAUGAAUGAUCUGAUAGCAUUGUUUGGGAAGCUUGGCAAGUCCAAAGCUGCGUUUGAUGUGUUUAGUAAAACCGAAGAGCUUGGCUUUACUCUGAAUGCGAAGACUUAUUAUGUGACGUUGGAGGCGCUUUGUAAGCGGUCGUUUAUGGAUUGGGCAUGCGUUGUAUGUGAGAAGAUGCUCAAGAGUGGUGUGUUACCAGAAGGAGACCAGAUUGGUAACAUCAUCACUUGGUUUUGUAAGGAAGGGAAGGCUGAGGAAGCUUAUUCUGUUUAUGAACUAGCUAAGGCGAAAGAGAAAUUGCCUCCUCCUAGAUCUGUUGCUACUCUGAUAAGUGCCCUCUGCAAGAACGAUGGGAGUGUGGCGUUUGCUCAGGAGAUGUUGAAUGAUUUAUCUGGAGAAGCUAGGCGACAGGGGAUCAAACCGUUUUCUGAUGUGAUCCAAAGUUUAUGCAGGUUGAAGAAUGUUAAAGACGCUAAAAGUUUGGUUGUGGAUAUGAUUUCUAAAGGACCUGCUCCUGGGAAUGCGGUUUUCAAUUUGAUCGUCCAUGCUUGUUCGAGAAGCGGAGAUCUCGAUGAAGCUAAAGAGGUUUUGAAGUUGAUGGAGAGUAGAGGUUUGAAACCAGACGUGUACACAUACACUGUUAUCAUCAGCGGUUAUGCUAAAGGAGGGAUGAUGAACGAAGCUCAGGAGAUUCUAGCGGAAGCUAAAAAGAAACAUAAGAAGCUUAGUUCUGUGUUGUAUCACUCACUCAUCAGAGGCUACUGCAAGAUUGAAGAGUAUGAGGAAGCUCUGAAGCUUUUGAAUGAAAUGGAGAGUUUCGGUGUGAACCCAAGUGCGGAUGAGUAUAGUAAGCUGAUUCAGUCGUUCUGUCUCAAGGCUUUGGAUUGGGAGAAAGCAGAGAUGCUGUUUGAGGAGAUGAAGCAGAAGGGCUUGCACCUCAAUGCUAUCACUCAGGGGCUGAUAAGAGCAGUUAAAGAGAUGCAAUUUGAAGGCAAGGCAACCGAAGAUGCUAAUCUACUUGUUGCAGCAUAGAACUCAAAUUUGAUAUUUUCCCAUUUGUUCUAUCAAAAUCUGGAAUAGCUUUUGAACAUGUUUUUAUUUUGGUUGUUUGAAACUCCAGACAAUGCCUUGUUUGUUCUCCAAUAAGGUUUUAUGGUGUUAUUCAGUUGAUGGUUUUUUCAUCAUAAAGAAGUUGCAUAUUCAAAAACUUAUUAAUG